AUGGGUAAUGCAGCAAAAUAUCGUGAAAUUGGUCGCUCGAUGGGUGUACUUAUGUCAGAUGAAGUUUUUCAUGAUGUGGCCUACAAGGCUCGAUCUAGAACUGAUUUAUUAGCUGGCUUAGAUGAAUUUUUAAGUGCGGCCACUGUACUACCACCUGGAGAAUGGGACCCAUCAAUACGUAUUGAACCUCCUGCAUCAGUCCCUUCACAAGAUAGUAGAAAGACUACAGUGAGCAAUGGUCCCCAGUCAACAGUAAGUCAACCGGCUCAGUCGGUUGUCUCUGAACCUGGUGUAGCAGUAGUCGAACAACUUCACGCUGGUGGAGAUAAACUUGCUAGUCUGUGUUUAGCAGCUGUGGGAAAUGCUACGCAGCAACAACACACAGCGGAUGGUUCUACGAAGCCUAUUAGUCUAGGUGAUUCAAUGCAUAAGUCAAAAACAGAUCUUGCUCGUAGUCCUGGUAGUCGUUUGGAGUUAACAAAUAUAGAGUCUGGAGGUGGCGGAGGUGGGGCUGAUGAUCAUGCUGGUGGUCAUGGUCAUGACCCCGCAUUAAAUCGAACUGGCCGUAUUUUCGGUGGGCUUAUACAAGAUAUUAAACGUCGUGCUCCACACUACAUAAGUGAUUUCACGGAUGCUAUACAUGUCCAGUGUUGUGCAAGUUUUAUCUUCUUAUACUUUGCUUGUUUAACACCUAUCAUCACAUUUGGUGGGUUAUUGGCUCAAGCAACUGGAGGUUACCUAGGGACUAUUGAAAGUAUCCUAUCGGGUGCUGUUGUCGGCAUAACCUAUGCUUUAUUUUCUGGACAACCGCUAACUAUUAUGGGUAGUACUGGUCCUGUACUAGUAUUUGAAAGUAUUAUCUUCAAGUUAUGCACGCGAAUGGCUUGGUCGUAUUUAAGUUUUCGGUUAUGGAUUGGUAUUUGGGUAUCAAUCGCUCUGCUUAUCAUGGUUGCACUCGAUUUAAGCGCCCUAGUCAAGUUUAUAACACGUUUCACUGAAGAAUCAUUUGCUUCAUUAAUUGGUCUAAUAUUUUUCAUUGAAGCACUGAAGAAAACUUAUGCUAUAUCAAAGAAACAUAAAGUUGAUUUAGCUUGGUCACCAGAUCUAAUUGAUAAACAUCAUUGUGCAUGUCUUAAACCACAAAAUCAAACUGACUAUCAAACACUAUCAACAAUGUAUGAAAAUCACCCGCUAACUUAUAUCCCAUUGCUUGGAUUCAAUUCAUCAUCACCAUUUGAAGCAGAAUCUCUAGCAGAUUUAGCUGAUAAAAAAAUCGAUUGGGAGGCAAUUUCACGUGGUCGUUAUUCGUGGAAAUCACAAGAAUAUCAAGAUCUGUGUGUUCAGUUGAAUGGUACUUGGACAGGGACUAGUUGUCGACCAUUCUAUGUACCCGAUGUCUUUUUCUUCUCGUGUUUACUAUUUGUAGCAACAUUUAUCUUAGCCUUUUCAAUGAAGUCAAUGCGUAAUUCCCCCUUCUUUCCUAAUCGUGUGCGGUCAUUAAUAUCAGACUUUUCAGUUGUCUUAGCUAUUGCCAUCGGCACUACAACGGACUUUUUAUUGAAUUUACACACUCCCAAGUUGUUAGUGCCAACAACAUUCGAACCAACAUUGGGCUACAGUAAACGUGGUUGGAUUGUACCUCCAUUUGAUAAUAAUCCUUGGUGGACAUCUAUUGUUGCAUUGGGACCGUCUUUACUCGCUGUCAUCUUAAUAUUCAUGGAUCAACAGAUCACAGCUGUUAUUGUUAAUCGAAGAGAACAUAAACUAAAGAAAGGAGCAGGAUAUCAUUUGGAUUUAUUAGUAGUAUCCGUAACAAUAUUAAGCAAUUCAAUACUUGGUAUCCCAUGGUUUGUAGCAGCUACUGUCCUAUCAAUUAAUCAUGUAUUAUCAUUGAAAAAAGAAUCAGAAACUAAUGCUCCAGGUGAACGACCAGUUUAUUUAGGUUGUAGAGAACAACGUGUCACUGGAGUAUUAAUAUUCUUAUUCAUUGGCCUAUCUGUAUUUAUGACCCCAUUGUUAUCACGUAUUCCAAUGCCUGUACUCUAUGGUAUAUUUUUAUUCAUGGGAAUAUCAUCAAUGUAUGGUAUACAAAUGUUUCAACGUAUUAGCUUACUAUUCAUGCCGGUUAAAUAUCAACCAGAUUAUCCAUAUUUAAGACAUGUUUCUCUUCGUCGAGUUCAUUUAUUUACUGCUAUACAAGUUACGUGUUUAGUCAUGUUAUGGGUUAUAAAAUCUAUUGAUGUACUGGCUAUACUCUUCCCAAUUAUGGUAUUGGCAAUGUGCUUUAUACGUAAAGGAUUAGAUUUUAUAUUUACUCAGGAAGAAUUAAAAUGGUUAGAUCAAAUUCUACCAAGUACUAAACGUAAACCAUUUCCGCGACCAAUUGCCUCUGCACCAAGUGCUACUGAUUUUGGUAAAAAUGCCAAGUUUUCAAGCAAUACGAAUCUUUUACAAGACAAAAAAGUCUCCAGAUCAGAAGAAAAGCGUAUUAAUAUUACUGAAGAAAUGUCGAAAACGUCUAUUUGGCGCCAAUUGAGCGGUACAGAUAUAAACAAUGAAACGAACAAAUAUAAUAAACCAAAAGAUACAAAAACACGACAUCGUAAGGGGAAGAAACCUUCGUCAUCUUCAUCACCAUUUGGGGGAAUGACAACACUGGCAGAUGAUGACACCACAGAGUCUUAUCAAACAGCAACUGAAACAAAUCAUUUAUCGAAUACUUCCAAUGGUACUACUUCUACUGCUGCUAAUAAUGAUGUUAAUAAACCAUCAUCACCGGCAAAACGACAACAAACACCAGUUGUAUUCUGUAUUGAUCCAAAAGAUGCAAAGAAGUCAUCCACCAACAUCUCAUCGUCAUUGAAACCGUCAACCACCAGUGAUGAUAAUGACAGCAGUAGUAAUCAUCCUCUAUUGGAUACACCGAAGAUAACUAUCAAUCCACCGUCGAAUCAAGGCUCACCAGAAUUAUCUCAGAGAAAAAAUGUACAACGCAUUUAA